UUGGAACUAAAAUCGUAUGAUUUUGUGGUAUCGAUGUUGUAAAGUCCGGAGUGUGGUGAUGUUAGUUUUAAUUAUAUUAAAAUGAUAUUUCGCUAAGUUAUUAAGUUUUCAUAAUAUUUUUCCUGUAAAAAUCUCAUCUUACGCCAUGUCUAUCAUCAAGAAAAAAAUCCUGAAUCACCGCCAGUUGAAGAUGCUGGGUGAUCAUAAGUAUUAUGCCGUUGAUAGCAGUCUCAUGGAUCCGUAUCUUCAGCCGUACUGGAAUUUCGUUGUAAAAUUGAUACCGAUGUGGAUAGCUCCUAAUUUAAUUACAUUAGCCGGUUUAAUCGUUAAUAUUGUGACUACGCUGUUUGUAAUGUGGUACAGUCCAGAUUGCUUAUCAGAGGUGCCGUCUUGGUCACAUAUAUUCUGCGCUCUAGGUCUAUUUAUUUAUCAAACACUUGACGCUAUUGACGGUAAACAAGCACGCAGAACUGGAACAUCGUCUCCACUCGGAGAAUUAUUUGAUCAUGGCUGUGAUUCAUUAUCUUCAAUUUUCGUCGUAAUGUCAGUUUGCAUAACGUUGAAGUUGGGAGAUUAUCCUAGAUUUCUGUUCUUUUUUUAUUUUUGUGGAAUAACCGCGUUUUACUGUUCACACUGGCAAACAUAUGUAUCGGGUACAUUUAGAUUUGGUAAAGUUGACGUAACGGAAGCACAAGUCACCAUAAUUUUUGCUCACAUUUUGACUUCAAUUUGCGGCGAACAAUUGUGGAGUAGAAGGAUAUUCGAUUUAAUCGAAUUACGUUUCAUCGUUUGUCUCGGAGCUAUGCUAGGAUGCUUCGUUAUGAUGUACAAUGUAUUCGGCAUUAUACUUUCAGGCGGCAGUGGCAAAAAUGGAUCCACUGUGGCGGGUACUAGCGUCCUGUCACCAGGAAUACCUUUAGUCAGCGUUAUUAUCGCAGGAUACGUAAUUUCGCAAAAAAGUGUUACGAUGAUGUAUGAAAAUCAUCCAGUACUUUUCAUCGUCACAUUCGGUGUAAUUGCCGCAAAAGUUACUAAUAAAUUAGUGGUAGCACAUAUGACGCGAAGUGAGAUGGAAUUAUUCGAUUCUAGUAUGCUGGGAGCGAUAGCGUUAUUUUUAAAUCAGUAUUUUAAUUGUGUAGUAUCCGAGUACAUCGUACUGUGGUUUGCCUUAGUUUGGGCGCUGUACGAUUUGUUAUGUUACUGUUGUCGAGUAUGCGUUGAAAUAUGCCAGUUUCUGCAUAUAAGACUAUUCAGUAUUUCGAACUCAAUCAAAGUGCAGAGCCAAUCAUCGUCGGCCAAUUUGAUGCAAUAUUCAAAUUCAAAUAAUAUUAGUCAGAAUGAUUCUAAAGUACAAUCGAACGGUCAAAAAUUCCGCAGAAAAAAAUUAUGAUUCAUAUAAACGAGGUUUUUUGUUUAAUUCGUUCAAUUUGUUUUAACUUAUUAUUUUUUUUCUUUGAUUUCGUUUCCAUCAAAAAUGUAUAUAAUGGAGAAAAACGUAUCCGAAUUGACUAGUUAUUUCUCUAGUUCCUGUGUGCGUGUGUUUAGUUGCAAAUGAUUCUUGUACUAUGUGUCGAUUAAUUUUUUUAUUUUUUGUUUUUGUUUGUUUUUUUUUUUUUGAAAUUACGUCCUAUUAUUCAAAGCGUAAAGCCGCAACAAUACUCGCAAUGUUUUUUACUAUUUCUUUGAAUUUUUGGACGAAAAUUGAUAAAUUUUAUUAUGUUAGCAUGCGCAGUUUUAAGCGACUUAGACGCCGAAAUGCGAGGUUUUAAUAUUAAGGUGAUUUGAGGUUUACGUUAUUGAUUGUGUUUUUUUUCAAUUUUUUUUGUUUCUAAAUUAUUCGUGAAGGUGUUUGUUUUCUUUUUCUAAUUAUUACAGCGGAUUUUAAUUGUUUUUCGGUGAAAGUGUACGUGUGAUGAGUGUGACUUUUUUUUUGAGAAACUUGAUGGCUUUUGUAACGAUUUUAUGGGAUCGUUGAACGUUGUGAUGAAUUCAUUCGAAUAGUCGUUUAUUUUAUAAGCGUUUUUGUUUUAAUUAUUUUAUCUUAUGGUAUCCAUCUUGCCGUAUAUUUUAGUCGUUUAUUGUUUAUUCAGUAUUAUUAGCCCAUUCGUAAUCACAUACUAUGUCCGUCGUAUUUUUUAAUAUGUGUUAAGAAUUUAAUAUCACGGAAUUCUUACAAAUUGAUUUGUUUUCGCGUUAUUGAAUAACGGUUUAGAUAGUCGAACGUAUUACCAUUUAUAGAACUGCAUGUAUACGUACUGAAAUUACUCAUUUGCAUACGCGUUAUCGGUACAAAUGAUUAUUUAUCAUAUGGACCAUUUGCCGUCAAGUUUCGACAUUAUUUUUAAUCGAAUCGUAUAUCACAAUUUUAAGUCGUGUGGGUAAUGAAAUUUGUAUUUUGAACAGAAUUCCGACAUUUGCAUCAGGAGUAAGAGAACGGAGGCUGUUAUCAGUUUUUCAGACCGAUUACAACUCGCGUGUAAUUGUGAAGAUAAAGCGUCUGUUCUUUUAUCAAUGACGAACGAUUUGUAAUGAAAUGGAGAAUUCGGCGAUGAUUAAUGACCCCGAAUGACCCUUCUAUUCUGUAAUCUUUUGGACUUCGUUUGUAUAGGAUGAUCGACAAUUGUUACGUAAAACUGUAGGCCCUCGUUGAACAUUGAAAAAUACUACUACUUAUACAUUACGUGUUGAUGAUGGAAAACGAUGCAGCGCUUUAGAAAGUUAUUUGAACACGUGGUUUAUGAAUUUCGUUUUAUUUAAAAUAAGAAGGCCAAACUUCAGUUCGGUAUUGAAACAUACACAUUUGUUUACUUUAUGCACCUAAAAACCUACACACGAACAAAAAAAAAACUGUAUAAAAUGUAAUAUUUUCAGCUAAAUAAUUUAUUCCAUUGUAAAUAAAAUUAUAAUCUAAGCCAGUCUGCGACUCUGCGUUCGAUUGAAGUAGAAAAGAAAAAAAAACUAGGAAACAUGGUGUUAUGUAUUUUUUUUUUUUACUGAUAAAACUACAGAUGUUUGGUAAUUCUGUAUUGUAAAGUGUACAAAUUGAUUUAAAAUUGUCAUUGUUACUUAUUUUAUUGACCAUUUUAAUAUUAGAAUGAGUUAGUCAUCAGUAAAAAUAUAAUAUUUUGUUAUGUAAUACAUAGCUCGGCUUUUACCGAUAAGCUUGAUUAUAGCUUUUAUGUUACGUU